GGCGGCCGCGUCGGCCGGGGCCGGGACGAUGGCUCUGGAGUCCAUGAUGGCGUGUUGCCUGAGCGAUGAGGUGAAGGAGUCCAAGCGGAUCAACGCCGAGAUCGAGAAGCAGCUGCGGCGGGACAAGCGCGACGCCCGGCGCGAGCUCAAGCUGCUGCUGCUCGGCACGGGCGAGAGCGGGAAGAGCACGUUCAUCAAGCAGAUGCGCAUCAUCCAUGGCGCCGGCUACUCGGAGGAGGACAAGCGCGGCUUCACCAAGCUCGUCUACCAGAACAUCUUCACCGCCAUGCAGGCCAUGAUCCGAGCCAUGGAGACGCUCAAGAUCCUCUACAAGUACGAGCAGAACAAGGCCAAUGCGCUCCUGAUCCGGGAGGUGGACGUGGAGAAGGUGACCACCUUCGAGCAUCAGUACGUCAGCGCCAUCAAGACCCUGUGGGAGGACCCGGGCAUCCAGGAAUGCUACGACCGCAGGCGCGAGUACCAGCUCUCCGACUCCGCCAAGUACUACCUGACCGACGUUGACCGCAUCGCCACCUUGGGCUACCUGCCCACCCAGCAGGACGUGCUGCGGGUCCGCGUGCCCACCACCGGCAUCAUCGAGUACCCUUUCGACCUGGAGAACAUCAUCUUCCGGAUGGUGGAUGUGGGGGGCCAGCGGUCAGAGCGGAGGAAGUGGAUCCACUGCUUUGAGAACGUGACAUCCAUCAUGUUUCUCGUUGCCCUCAGCGAAUACGACCAAGUCCUGGUGGAGUCGGACAACGAGAACCGGAUGGAGGAGAGCAAAGCCCUGUUCCGGACCAUCAUCACCUACCCCCGGUUCCAGAACUCCUCCGUCAUCCUCUUCCUCAACAAGAAGGACCUGCUGGAGGACAAGAUCCUGUACUCGCACCUGGUGGACUACUUCCCCGAGUUCGACGGUCCCCAGCGGGACGCCCAGGCGGCGCGGGAGUUCAUCCUGAAGAUGUUCGUGGACCUGAACCCCAACAGCGACAAGAUCAUCUACUCACACUUCACGUGUGCCACCGACACGGAGAACAUCCGCUUUGUGUUCGCGGCCGUGAAGGACACCAUCCUGCAGCUCAACCUCAAGGAGUACAACCUGGUCUGAGCGCCCAGGCCCAGGGAGACGGGAUGGAGACACGGGGCAGGACCUUCCUUCUACGGAGCCUGCGGCUGCCGGGCGGGUGGCACUGCCGAGUCCGGGCCGGGGCCUCUGCCCGCGGGAGGAGAUUUUUUUUUUCCAUAUUUUUAACAAAUGGUUUUUAUUUCACAGUUAUCAGGGGAUGUACAUCUCUCCCUCCGUACACUUCGCGCACCUUCUCACCUUUUGUCAACGGCAAAGGCAGCCUUUUUCUGGCCUUGACUUAUGGCUCGCUUUUUUCUAAAAAAAAAAAAAAAAAAAGAAAGAAAGAAAGAAAAAAAGCAACGAAACAUAAAACACACAAGCGCCCCGUGCCCCCAGUGACUCUGGGCCUCACAGAGCCCCCGCCAGCCAGCAUGGGGCCCCGCCCCGCAGCCAGUCACGCGCUCCCACGCCGCAGCCCCCCGUGGCCGUCCUUCCAACCCCACGUGCUUUUUCUUUCUCCUGCCCACUUCUUUUCUUCAUCACGAAAGGCGUGGAGACUCGGAGACGGACGUUUGUACCCUUUUUUAAGUUAUUGACGCCCAGCGCGCCUCGCCUCUUCACCAAUCAAUGCUGUGCUUUGCCCACUGGACUCCUGAAGAGGGGGUGGGGGGCUCCCUCGGUCGCCCACCCUGGGAAGUGCCUAACCUUUUAUUUUAUUUUAUUUUUUUGAGGAAAAAGAACACCUGACUC